UUCAUAAUAACAAUCAAUUUCGUUCUUCAUAUUUCAUGGAAGCUGUACAGCAAACAUUUCGCUAUGACGUGUUCAUAAGUUUCAGAGGCGAAGAUACCCGAAACUACUUCACAAGCCACCUCUAUGCGACUCUUAAACGCCACAACUUUGAUGUGUUCCAUGAUACCUCCCUCCCAAGAGGACUCCAUAUUGCCCCCCAGUUAUCAAAAGCUAUCGAUGAAUCCAAAAUCUUCCUUGUUGUAUUCUCACUCAACUAUGCAGAUUCCAAAUGGUGCCUUGACGAACUUUCCCAGAUGAUGCAAUGUGUCCACCUCAUGGACUCACAACAGAUUGUCCUUCCUGUAUUUCUAGAUGUCAAACAAUCUGAUGUUGGCACCCAACAAGGUUCUUAUAAUGAACCGUUCACAAAACACGAUAUAGAAUUCGAGCAGGAGAGAGUUCAGAAAUGGAGGGACGCCCUACAAGAGGCGGGACAACUGCCAGGGUUGCACCUGCAAGAUGAUGCCACCGGGGAUGAAAAAGAGUUAUUGGACCAGGUUGUUGAAAAAAUAAGAAAGCUGUUACACGGACAAGAUGUAGAUGUAGCAUACAUGAACCCGGUUGUUGGAAUAGAACCUCGGAUGCAAGAAGUGAUUUCAUUAUUGAACGGAAGUUGUGAGGAUGAUGUCUGUGUCCUUGCAAUUUCCGGCCCUGUAGGAAUAGGAAAGACGGAAAUUGCAAAAGCUACAUACAAUCACCUUGCAAUACACUUCAAAGCCCAGUACUGUUGUUUUCUUCCGAAUGUUAAGGCCUUAUUUGGAGGAGUGCCAAAUGGGAAGGUUGAUUUGCAGAAGAUGAUGAUCUCAAAUUUGGGAAAUGAUGAGAGUUACAUACGCAUAGAUAGCGAUUACCAGGGAAUUAAAAUGAUUGAGAGGUUGAUAAAGCAUCAGAAGGUCCUUCUGGUUCUUGAUGAUGUUGACAAUGAUGAGCAGUUGAAGAUAUUAGGCAUGGAUCGAGCAAUUUUUGGUCCUGGAAGUAGAAUAAUUGUAACCACAAGAGAUGGCUCUGUUACAGGUCGACUUAAACCAGAUGCAACAUAUGAGCCGCGGAUGCUGGAUGAAAGCGAGUCCAUGGAAGUGUUUUGCUUGACUGCAUUUGGUCAAAAACACCCAAAGGAGGGGUAUGAGGAGGUGUCAAGGGAAGCAAUGAGUUGGGGAGCAGGACGUCCUGGAGUUCUAAAAGACACAGCUGUCCGUUUGAGAUGCUUUCAAAGCGUACAACAAUGGGUAUGGGCACUGAAAGAUUUGAUGCACAGCUCCUCAUGGUGAUAGAUACUGCAACACUUUCCUCUUAAAAGAUCAAGAAAAUCAAUGGAUGCUUAUUGUUAGUAUUGUAGAUAUCCAAGGUGUAUCAGAGCAAUCACUUUGAUAUCUAUGUAUGAAGUCUCUCAAAUAGUCUUGGUUUCUUUUGUGGUACAAGAAUAAACAAGAUAUUUGGAAAUGUCAAUCUUCCACUGGUUGAACAAUUUCUGCAUGUCAUAUACAAUUCUGGUUUACUGUUCUCUCUUUCUUUAGGUGUGUUCAGUCUCAGAUUUUUAUGUUUGCAAUUGUUCUGUGUAUGGUCUUUUGUUGAAAGUCGAGUUUCCAUAUCUGUUUUUUAAUACAAGUUUAUUUGACAGGUUCAUAAUUAUUAUUAUUUUUCUUCCAUGUAAA